AUGGGUCAGAAGUCCUCCGUCCCACAGCCGGGCACAAAAUUCCAGGUCAUCGGCGCAGGCCUCCCACGCACGGGCACAGCUUCAUUCAGCAGAGCAUUAGAAAUCCUCUGCGAUGGGCCCGUGUUCCAUUGCGGAACCCAGGCCACUUUAGGCCCCACUAUCCAAAUAAAGCAAUGGAUGGAGAUUCUCCGACGAUGGCUAGCCGGGACUGAUUCUGAUCGAGAGAUCAUGUUCCAGACCCUACAGAGCCAAUUGGAUGGAUAUGCAGCCGUGACCGAUUCCCCCGGUUCCCAGUUCGUGCCCGAGUUGAUGGAACUGUAUCCGGACGCCAAGGUGAUAUGUACUGUCAGGGAUGCUAUCUCCUGGGAGAAGAGCAUGGAUCAGGUCAGGAAUGCAACGGUGCCCUGGUACCUUCACUUGGUUCUCUUGCCGCUGCCGGGCCUGAGGUACUUCAUCCCCUAUCUCCAUCUGCUGGCCGCCCAGUGGGAGAAACUGUAUAGCGAGGCCAUUCCCACCCGCCAAUCAUAUCACCGUCAUAUCGCCUGGCUCAAGGAAGUUGUCCCGGAAGAUCGACUAGUGUUUUUCGAAGUGAAGGAUGGCUGGGAGCCAUUGUGCAAAGCUCUCGGCAGAGAUAUUCCGAAGGAUCAACCGUUCCCGCACAUAAACGAUUCUGAUGCCAUUGCUGCAAUUUCUAAGAUGCACAUACAACGUGGUCUUACUCGUUGGGCAGCUAUUCUCGCGGUUGGUGCUGCUGCAGUUGCGUGGGCAGUGCGCACAUAG